GCCUACGAGAAGUUCCGUGACAAGCGCUUGGGCACCGAGGGAGUGGAUUUCUCGGAUCGCAUCGGGAAAACGCGGACAACAGGGUACGAGGCUGGAGAGUAUGAGAUGCUUGGGGAGGGACCUGGAGCCAAGGAGACGCCGCAGCAGAGGUACCAGCGGCUGCAGCACGAGGUGCAGGAGUUGAUCCGGGACGUGGAGCAGAUCCAGAGCACGGUGAAGGAGGCGGCGGCCGAGGAGGAGCUGACACCCAUGGCCUUGGCCAGGCAGGUGGAGGGGCUGAAGCAGCAGCUGCUCUGCUCCCACCUGGAGAAGGUGCUGGGCCCUGCGGCUGCCGUCGACUUCGCUGAUCCCGAGGGGGCCUUGGCCAAGUGA